UCAGCCAGCCCCUCUCUGCCUCUGUCUGUCUGUCUGUCUGUCCCUCUGUGACCUUGUGAAGGCAACGAUUUGCACAGGGUUGGCUAGACUGUUAGAAGGAAGAGCAGCAUGGGUAGGUUCUUAGGAGAGAACGGUGCGUCUCCUAACACCGCUGCGUCUGGCGGAGGGAAUGAUAGCAAGAGUUGCAGUGAAAAUGGGUCUUUCUCCCACUCUUCGUCCUCCUCCCCCUCCUCCUCCUCCUCAAUUUUGAAGACGGCGCCCAAUGGCAGCAAGAGCUGCAGUGAAAAUGGGGCUUUGUCCCACUCCUCCUCCUCCUCCUCCUCCUCCUCCUCCUCCUCCUCCUCAGUUUUUAAGACGACGCGCAAUGCGUACUUUCUUGGCAGGAGACGGAAACUACGUGAAGGGCGUCGUGGCUUUGGCGACGAGCCUUUGAUUGGUCAAGUCAACUUAUCCGCUGGUGGUGGCAGUGUUGCCCGACGUUCCCUGCUGACUCCAUUUGCUGAGCAGGACUUCCUGAACAUGUAUUUCAGAAAGACUUUCAAGCCUAUUCCCAACUGCUGCAACUUGGUAUUUGCCCUCAUUUGGAGACAUACUGAAAACGUGGAAGAGGAGGAGAUGAAGAUUGUUCACUUCCGUGGCACCGGACUGAAGCCGUGGGAUUUUGACCCUCUUGCACACCAUGCAGACGAGCCUUUUGUGAGAAGACUGGUUGAGCGAUGGAGAGAAAUCUAUGAUACUGCAGCUAUACCAAGCGAGAGCGGCUGCAUUACCCAAGGAAACGCUAACCAUCCUGUGGAUAGUGGAUUCUUCAAGAUGAAGCAAAAUCUGGAUCUGACACUUGUUGGGGCGGCGUGGCGCGACUGGGAGCGCCACGCCACUCCGCUAUCGACAUGGGCCGGCCAAAGCGCGGCAGGCACGUACGCGGAGGCGAAGUUCCGGAGGGGUGAGCCGGAAAUUCGAAACGGGCGAAAGCGGGGGAACGUGCGUGGGCGGGGUGGCGGAGUUUGCGGUGCACAGGACACGGGUGCCGACACUGUGCAUGGGGCGGACGUCCAUGCAUGUGCGUGCAGGCGGCAUCGUGAUGCGGACAAUGUGCAUGGGCGCGACGUCGAUGCAUGGCUAUGUUCGACGAACGCGGUGGACGGGCUGGAGAAGGAGGAGGGAUCUGCUGUGCACACUCCGAGAGCAAAGAUCGAGGACAACUUCUUCAGCUCGCCGGUUGCGGCGGGUUCGAUGGAGCCGUCGGAGUCAGUGGGGCCGUCCGACUCUCAUCGGGGUCGGAAGAGGAGAGGUGGUGGUCCCAAGGGCGAUCAGGAUCGCGAUGUAGCUGCUUCCCUGCACGAGAAUCAUGAGAUUUCGCAAGCUUCUGAAGGUGAGUCAGCAGAUGAGGACCAAGCGGAUGCCAAGGGGGCUUCAAAGAAAAAAACUCGACAACGAAGAGAAGGCCCGAAGUCCCAAGGUCGAUCUCAUCCGAGAGGAAAGAUGGAGGGCGAUUUCUUCAGUUCGCCGAUUGCGGCGGGUUCGACGGAGCAGUUGGAGAUAGGAGAGCCGUCCGAUGAUCCUGGGGGGGAUGGGAAGAGGAGAGGUCGCGAUCGCAAUGGCGAUGUAGCUGCUUCUGCGAACGAGAUUUCGCGAGCUUCUCAAUCUGAGUCAGAAGACAAGGACGGUCGCGACCGCGGUCGGGAUCGUGAAGUGGAUGACAAGAAGGGGGGGCCUUCCAGGAAAAGACCCGGUCCGGGAGAAGGCUCAAAGUCCCGAGGUCGAUCUCGGCGUCGGGAACCAAAAGAACCGUCUGGGACAGUGCCAGAGACAGGCCCUGGGACAGGUUCGGGACGUGGUGGUCCGCUUAAACGAGACAUGGAACGUGCUGAACGCGAGGAAUUAGAGAAGAUAAUGUCAGAGAGCAGAGAGGAAGGAGAGAAUACAGAUGGGAUUGCGCGGGCAGUGAUUGCCGCUGAGCGGGAAGUCAGGGGUUUGUUGCAGAAGCUUCGGGAAAGCCAUGUGUCUUCUCAGGACAUCAAGAAGAUGCUGGAGGUCAACGGCUACGAUCCACGUCUGAUGACUGAAGACCUGAUGUGGAAAAUAUGUGCGGACGGGAUGCUGUAUGGUCCUCUCAAAAGGUGUCCUCUGUGCAAUGGAUCGCUGAUGUACACUUGGGACGGCUAUAAAUGCCUUGGGGUUCUUUCCCCUUGGAGUGGGUGCUUUAUGACUCUGAGGGAGAGUGUGAGGAGAGAGGAGGCAUGGAAGAUUCCUGAAGACACUGAGAACCGGUUUCUCAUCGAGUGGUCGAAGAAUCAGCCGCCACCUGGCGAAAGACCGGUUAGGUAUCUGCGGCCAGAAGACAAACCAUUACUUGGUCUUACACUUUGUUUGGCGGGGAGAUUAAAACGAAGCCAGGGUUCUUGGAGGGAGAUCAUUGAAAAAGCAGGAGGGAAAUGGACUCCAGCACCAAGGGAAGGUACGCACUGCCUGGUGGUCCCCGAGGUCGAGGCCGAGCGAGGUGGUUCCGUCAAGGUGGUCGAGGCCCUGGACAAAGGCAUUCCAGUGGUUAAGGAGUCCUGGCUAGUGGACAGCAUUAAGUCGAAGAAGGUUCAGCCAUUGGAAGGGUACAAUGUGCUUGCUGAUCUGCCCACUGGUCCCGAACUUCCAUGGGACAAAAGACAUCCAGAUGCAGAGGCUGCAGAGGCUGUGAUAUCAGAGAUGAAAAUGCCGUCGAAAAGGGCUGUUUUCACAGAUACGGAGCUCCAGGAUGAGGGGGGAAGAAUCCUUGAAGAUGACGACGGGAAAGUCUACAAUGCUGCACUUGUGAUUGUCGAUAUGGGUGAUCAACAGAACAAGUACUGUAUACUCCAGGUAAUUGAGAUCAAAGGUGGAGAAGACGACAAUGUCUACUACAUCUACCACAGAAAAGGAAAAGUGGGUGAUGAAGACAGCCUCUCCGAAAGGCUGGAUGAGAUGGACUCCAGAACGGCGGCGACGGCGGAAUUCGAGAGAUUGUUUGAGGAGGAGACGGGAAAUGAGUUUGAGGGUUGGGCGAGGGGGGCGAAGAAGUAUGAGAAGCAGGCAUCCAAGUUCUUCCCGCUCGAUAUCAUGGACGACGCUGUGGAUGCUAGAGCAGGAGGGCUGACAGAGAGGCAACUGGGAAUCUCUGCGCUGAGGACGGAUGUAGACAAGCGCGUUGCCCAAGUGCUGAAGAUAUUGUUUUGCCAAGUGCCGUACCGAUAUGCCAUGACAGAGAAUGGAGUCGAUGCACCCGACCUGCCACUAGGCAUCUUGACCAGGGACCACAUAGAGAAAGCGUACCAAGCAUUGAUUAAAGUGGCUGAUGCAAUGCAUGCUGACGGAGACGACGCUCUCGAGAAGGAGGGUCUUCUUUACGAUGCCUGCAGCCAGUUUUUUACCCUCGUCCAUACGACUCGACCAUUCAUUAUUCGCAAUGAUGUCGAAUUCGUCGAGGAGGGAAGCGCAUUGGAGAUGCUGCGUGACGUUGGUGUCGCGUCAAAGUUAAUCGGAGACUUAACGAAUGACAUGGGCGACGACCCGAUGAUGAAUAGGUACCUGAAGCUGGAGUGCAAGAUAACUCCUCUAGACAAAGAGGGUGCAGACUAUGCCAUGGUGAAGCGCUAUUUGGAGAGAACACUAGAUCCAGUCAUCUUCAGAGAUGGGGAGUUUACCUUGCGCCUGGAAGAUGUGCAUUAUUUGGAUCGCGAAGGCGAAAGCCUUGAAACUCUUUCUGGCGGCAACAAGACACUUCUUUGGCAUGGGACAAGAACAAGCAAUAUUAUAAGGUACUUAAAGGAGGGUCCAUUGCCGGUGCUCCUGGAGGCACCCCUUCCGGGAUACAUGUUUGGAAAGGGAAUUUACUUUUGCGACGCGGCAUGUAAGGCAGCGCAGUAUGGAUUCACUGCUGUUGAUCGGCAAGAAGCCUUUCUGAUGCUUUGUGUCGUCGCACUCGGUGAUUCUGAAGAGCUCACACAGCCGAAGUAUUUCUCGACUCCUCCGGAAGGAAAGCAAUCGGUGAAAGGUGUCGGGAGGAGGGGACCACAGCCAGACGAGUUUGAGACGUGGAAAGAUGAUGUCAAGGUGCCAGCUGGCAGGCUUGUCGAUCUGACCAGCGGCAAUGAUGGCGGUGACAGGCAGCUAGUCUACAACGAGUAUGCUGUGUACGACCCUCGUCAGGUAAAGCUUCAGUUUCUGUUGAGUGUUCGGUUUCAUGUCAUUUGAGCUUUUUCAACGUUGAAGUCCUUCGGCUCGAGGAGCAUGGGGCGCAAGGGGUUCAAUAAUGAGGCUAUUGCAAAUUGACA